CAUAAAGACUGAGCCGUGGAAAGUGUAUCUGUAGCGUCUUACUUUUAGACUUCACAUAAUCUGCUUCAAGAAAAGCCUCGUUUGUAAUAUUGAAAUCUCAGAGAUGCCUCCUAAAAAGACAGUGGUAGACUCUGCUGCUGCUCCUGUGUCCUCCAGCGAUGAUCCGGUGGAGGAGAAAGUCGAGACAAAAACAGAUGCUGCGGCGCUGCGUAAACUUGCAGCUCACCCCUCGACAGCCAUCAUGGUGAGAGAAGCACUUACAGAACUGGAUUCCCGUAAAGGCGUCUCAUCCGUGGCCAUACAGAAUUAUAUUAAACAGAAAUACCCCUCCGUCGACUUGGUUCGACUAAAGACCUUGGUCCGUAAAGCGUUGAAAAAGGGGAUCGAGACUGGUACGUUGGUGCGUCCUGCCAACGCCACCGUCGCCACAGGCGCAACGGGAAAAUUUAGGCUUGCACCCAAAGUCAAGGAGACGAAGGCAAAAACUGAGAAUGCAGAUCCAAAUGUGCAAAAAGUUCCCAAAGCAGCCAAGGAUGGAGUCACGAAGCCCAAAAAAGCAGGUACCACAAAGAAGAAAGAGAAUGCCUCUGAAGAUGCUAAGACAAAGGAGGACUCAAAGCCUCCUAAAAAGUCGAAGAAAGAUGAAGAGGCUCCCACAUUAAAGUCUGCUCCAGCGAAGAAACCGAAAGCUAAAAAAGCUACAGAGAAAGCAGACGGUGACCAAACCGCUGUGACAGCCAAAACGAAAACAGCAAAGACCACUAAGGAGGAAGUAAAGACUACAAAGGAAGUAAAGGCAUCCAGAAGUAAGGCUGCUAAAGCAGAUAGUGAUGCCCCUGCUCCUAAAGCACCUGCCAAACGAGGGAAGAAGACUGCAGAGUGAAGUUGUAAUUAAAUGUUUUAUACUGUUUUGUUUGCAAUAAAAUCUUAAUUUUUGGAA